AUGACGAGGGCGCACUUCUCAGACGAGGCUGAGCCCAAGAUCUGGCCUCCGAUCUGGGUGUAUGGCAUCAACGACCACUUAGACGUCCCUGGUGAGCUACCUUCCGGCUUCGAGCCAACUGGAAUGCUGGGAGUGGACCUGCGGAAACUGUGCUCCACGGUAAACGCUGCAGUGCACCCUGCUUUCCGAAUGAAGAGAGCUCGAGAAGGCAGCCCAAGCAAGUCCCAGCUGCCCUCCUCGCACCAAGACAGGCGGCGGCCCAGCAUGCUCGUGAAGGCACCGGACAUGUCGGCCUUGCUCGGUGGCUUGGGGGGUAUGUCUAUGGGAUUCCAUGAGGAGCCCAAGCCGCCGAAAGAGGGCCCAAACCUGAUGGUGAAGUCUUUCCUUUUCGAUCGGACCACCAUCAGCCUGAUUGGCCUUCUGCUGCCGACGGUGCAGAACAUCAAGGUUCUGUCCUUCUCGGAUUGCAACUUGGAUUGCGAGAUGCUCAGAUUGCUGGCUCAGGGCCUCGCGGAAGGCAAUUGCUCAGUGGAGUCCCUGCAGAUCGAGUGGAAUAACUUGGAUCUGCCCCUGCCGACCUUGGCAGAGGAGGAUUUGCCCUUGGAGGGGGAGGAGGGCGAAGAGACCUCCGCCUUCGAUCGGGCCUCAAGCCUCUUGGAGGCACGGGAGCGGAAACGCUACACCUUGCAGUCCGAGAGGCUUUUGACGAACUUCAAGGAGUGGCUUCUGAGCCGUUUCGGCAGCUUGGAGAAGGCCUGGGAGAAUUUGCCGAAAGAGCAUCUGCCGCUGGAAGCCCCAGACUUCCACUCGCUCCUCUUCGAGAGGCUCGGGGUCAGCGGCUCCCAGGUCUUUGAGGUCUUCGAGGUCCUCGAUGGCCCAGACUACGGUGCAGACGGUGGUGGCCUCGUCACACUCCAGGUCCUGAAGGAGGCAUUGGAGAGCCUUCCCGACACCGAGGACGAGGACACCGAAGCUGAAGAGGAUGCUUUGGGGCUGAGCCUCGCAGCCUUCCUGCAGCCCAGCACGGUGCUGGAAUCUGUGAGCUUUCGGGCAUGCUCCAUCACGCGAUUCGAACUGGGGCCUGUGUGUGCCACCCUCUCGAAGUGCCCCUGGCAGCUCAGGGCACUAAACUUGUGGGAGAAUCGCAUUUGCGAUCGCGGGGCCGAGCUCUUGGCAAAUGCCCUGGAUGCCUACCGAGGCUUAGAGUAUCUGGGCUUAGGCCGCAACCGCAUCACGGAUCUCGGCCUGCAAGCCUUGUGCCAGCCCUUCAAGCCCGUGCAGCUUCGAGAGGACACGGAGCUGGCGGCAGCGAAGGACCGGAUCACAAAGCAGCAGGCACAGGCGAAAUCUCUGGCGGAUGCCAAAGAAAAGGCCCAGGCCCAAAACACCGAGUUCCAGGGUCGCCAGCGCCGGGCCUCCAUUCCUUUAGUCGACGAGCUGGAAGAGAGGCCCAGCGAGGAUGGAAGCAUCUCGGGCCCGAGCUUCUUCCUCCGGAAGCUCUCGGAGCUUCGAUGCCUGGUCCUCUCUGAGAAUCCGAUUCGAAGCGCUGACGUGCUCGAGACCAUCCAGCCCUUCGGGCCCCGGGGCGCCGACCUGCUGCUGCGCUGCACGCCGGCGGCCACGGAGCUGGGGAUCCGAAGGCCGGAGCUCUUGAAGGAGAAGGAGAGGAAGCCGCUCCUGAACCUGGGCCAGAAUCUCGGUGCCAAGGACCCCGCGGCUCCGCCCGAAGGCUGGGUUCUGCUCGAGGUGGCUCAGGAGCGGGCACCGAGAACCAGCCGGUUGCAGCCUCUGCCGUCACUGCCAGACGAGGAACGCUUCUCCUCGAAACUGACAGAUGCCAGACGGCAGAUGAUGGCAGUGCAGGCCAUCGAAGCGAAAGCGCUGCAGCCGCCUGAGGUUCAGAAGCUUCUGGAUAAGAGGCGAUCCCUCGAGGAGGCGUUGAACUGGAAGCUUCACGAGGAAGUCUCCGCAAGGGGGCGGGCCUCCGACAUGGCCACACAACGUUGGGCGCUCUUUCUGAUCCUUGUGCUGGGACUGUACGGUCUCUACAGCGUGUCCUUUCUGGAUGCUGGGGGUUCAGCCUCGUCGGGAGAGACGGGAGAUGCAAAAAGGACUGUGGAUCUCGAAGACCAGCUUGAGGCCGAUCUGGAGGCUAAGCAAGAGGCGGAGCUGGUGCCGGAGGAAGCUGGUUUCCCGACACUGCCGGGUUCAGACUUUGAUGCGAAGCAGGACGAGGCAUCGCAGACGCUGCAGGACUUAGAGGACCAGCCGGAAGAGAAGCCCGACAUUGAGGAGAAUCAGAAGGAGGAGCAAGAUCCCGUACCAUCCGUUCCCUCAGAGCUGGAGACCACGUCGCUUGCUUGCGCCGGGCCUAUGAUUCCACCAAGUCUUCCCGUCCAAGCGGCGGCAGAGCUGAAGUCCAAGAUCUGGAAAGCCACGCGGGAAUGGGGGUAUGAUCAGCAAGCUUACAGCUACCGACCCUUCAAAGGUCUCCAUCUUCUGGACAUUGGGAUGGGGCAAGGGCCCAUGGGCGUCGUCGCCGUACAUGUUGGCGUGAAGUCGUACAAAGGGAUGGAUCCAGCUCUGUGCAUCAAUCACCAUGCUCUGACACGAGACAAGCGAGUUGGUCGAGCUCCCAACCCCAUCGAGUGUCAAAUGCUCAAAGAUUCUGAGGCUUGCGAAGGGAAAGGCGAGAAGUGUGAAAUGUUCCAGAGGUGCAGUCAUCUCAUGUUCAAGAAAUAUCGGGAGUUCCCCUUCACCGGCAUUGAGAUGAUGCAAGCCUUUUCAGGCCAGAUUGUGUUGCUGCCUGGUACAUUUGCAACGCUGCGGCCCACCGGACUGAUCAAGCCUGGCAGCUUCGAUGUUGCUACGCUCUGGCUGGUGACCGAGCACUUGCCGGACAACCGGCAGGUCAUCGAGGGCAUCUUUGAGUGGACGGAGCCGGGGCAGCUGCUCGCCCUGAAGCAUCAUAACUAUUACGGCUUUGACGGCCAUCACCAGAAACCCCGCUACCCAGAGGAUCACAACACCAAGAACAUCGCGGAAAAUGGUGUAGUGUUCUGGAAGCAUUUGGAGCCGUCCAGCUGGGUGUUUAAUUACACCAACACCAAUCGCAUCCGCUUAGGCGAUCUGAUUGCCCUUGUUGAUGUAUAUUUUGAGUGUGCAUGGCGUGCAACUUUCGUUGCAAGCUGGGAGCGGGCUCUCCUUUCGAGACCAGAGCUGCUUCGAGGCUUGGAGAAGCGGGGCUUCCAGCAGAAUGAACUGCUGAUAAACAAAUGGACCAUCGCGUGCGCCCGUCGCAAAGAGCCCAAAGACGCAAAGCAGUGGCUAGACUCUCGCAUCUGGCUACAUCCAGCGACUGAUGGCUCUUACACUCCACGGCCUUUGCCAAAGAAGCUGAGCAAAAGGACGCCGAGACCGACUGGUGCAGCCAUGGCUGUGGUGGAGUUCGUCCCUUCCGGUCGAAGCAACCUGAAGAGGUAUCUCGUGGGGUGA